AUGAGAGAAGUGUUUGAACACAAAGAUCUAGAAUGGAGAGGCGGCCUUGAUCCAUACAUCUGUGAACGAUGGAACAAACUUUGCGAAAACGUCAAUAAAGCAGUAAUCUCCGUCCCCAGAUCUAUCUCUCAACAAGGUAGCAAAAUGCGCCUGUGGGUAUUCGCCGACGCUAGCAAUGUGGCGAUAGCAACAUGCGCAUAUCUUCAAUGUACCUUUACUGGCACUGUCUCUACGUUAAUCAGUGGAAAAACAAAACUUUCAUCAAAAAAGUGCCAGCAAACUAUACCAAGACUAGAACUAGUUGGUAGUCUCGUGGCAACAAGCCUUGGCAGAUCAGUAAUAUCCAAUAUGUAUGAACAUAUCGGACAAAUUUCUAUCGUCUCAGAUAGCGAAAAAGCUUUGUGGUGGUUGAAAUCAGCAAAAAAAAACUACCCAUAUUCGUUGCAAAUCAACGCGAAAGAAUAA